AUGCCUGAGGCCCCGGAGAUGUUGCGCACACAGGAGUCUCCGCGGCUGCGGUCGCGGGACCUCGAGGACACGGAGCAGCUGAUAGACGACAUCGGCGUGUCCAAGCGGCUGGGCAACUCAGUGCUCAGCGAAUUGGACCACCGCGCGACCAACUUGCUUGCGAACCUGACCACGUCGACGCUCUCUGCAGCGUCCACGCUGACCGACCCGGAGCUGUGCGACGAGGCAGCCCACAAGGGCGUAUCGCGGUUUGAAACGGUGCACGGCGAGCUGAUCGAGAGCAUGGACUCGAUUGACACGCACUACGCGGUUAAACGGAACCGCCAUGGGCUCAACGUGCCGGCCACGCCAAAGCGCUACUCGAUCCAGGACGCUAUGAGUUCGGUCUCUGCGGCGCGUGAGACGGACCGCGCGGAGCUCCUGUACCAUAAGCGGGCGCGCGACGCCAUGGGAAACAUUGUUGAGCGGCUCACAACGAGCCCAGUAACGGACAUAACGCGCCGCAUACGACGGUUACGCAUGAAUAUGAGCACCCCGCGGGAGCACCAUCGGGAGCAGGAGCGCCAGCGGCGCCGCUCGUCGAUCAUCCGACAGUCCUUGACGGGAAACAGCGAUAAGGAGAACCACGUGCCGCGCUCGAAGGGGUUUGCCAAUCUCUACGGUGAGAUGCGUGCAGUCUCGAGUUCUGCCAUCUCGGUUGCAGCCCACGAGUCGGGCGCGCCCACCUUCGCAAAACCAACAAUCACAUCACGGCAGAAAACGGUCAACACAUUGCUCAGGAACCCACAUGACGCGACCUCCUUCUUUGCAUCGUUCAGAAGGAGGUCACCCAUAUCUUCAUCUCCCACACCCUCCUUUCAACACAGGCAACCCUCGCCCAUACCCACCCCUCGGCAGCAGCUUUCGGUGCCAGAUCGCGCAUCACCCGCGCGAACCUCGCCGACGGUGGCAAGCGUCCCGACUUCUUCGAAGUUCCGACCCCUCCUGACAUUGAAUAGUCAAAACAUUAGCACUACAUCCUCAUCGACCUCCCCUGACUGUGAGGCACACAAGCCUCGCGUGGUAGCCUCCAAAAGCGUCUUUGACAGACUCUAUCACCAACCUACCACUGCUGCUCAGCAAAAAACACUCGGCAUUCGGAAAUCCAAGACACAGGGGGACUUGCACUACAUCAGCAAACCGCCGAAGUCGUCGUAUGCUAGUAGCGGCAGCGCCGCAACAAGCGGCAGCGACGCAACCCUUGACGACAGCAGCGAUGCCACUAUGGACAGCACUCAAGAAAGCAAGCUCCCGCGCUCCAAGUCUAUCGCGGACCUGAAGGUCCCCAAGGUCCGCCAUCCUAUGCCGUUGCAUCGAUCCAGCACAGGAAGUGAAAUAUCCAUGACGAGCAGCGGUGCGUCAGUCGCAAGCCGCAGGCCCUUAUGGAGAUGA